GUGGCUUUCGACGGAAAGGGGCGGGGAGGAGUGAUUGCAGCGCGUCUGGGGCGCCUCGCGUGCCGUUCGCGUUUGGGCAGAGGGAAUUGGGGAGCCGCUUCUCUGGUUCUGCGGCUUCGCAGCGCCCUUCGCCUGGCAUGAGCGGCGUCUGGCGGUUUCUGCGCUUGCUAAAGCAGCGCUUUAUCGGGCCAGGGAGCGAGUACGUGGGCAUCGACCACUUUGGAAACAAGUAUUAUCGGAUCCCGCAGCACAAAACUUGGGCAGGUCAGAACAUUAAAGAGAGAAGAAUUGUGAAAGCUGUCAGUCUAAAAGAAUACCAGUAUGAAUCUGGAGCCAUUCCAACAGAAUGGGAAGCAUGGAUGAAGAAAAGAAGAAACAAUCCACCUACACUUGAGGAAAGUAUCCAGAAUAAGAACUAUAGAAAAGAAAUGAAAGCUAAAGUUGAAGAUUUGGGUGAAAAAAGCAAACUCCUUCAGGCCAAAGAUCGUGAAGAGGGUCUUGAGGUAGGACCACUUCAAACACAGAUUACAGGACAUGCAUCUGCUUCCAACUACAGAAAGCCUGAACGCUCAGAAGACCCUGUUAGUACAGCAAAUACAUUUCAGCCUGGAGCCUGGAUGCCUCCUGACCAUAAAAAAUAAAAGCCUCCAGUGCAAAGCAUCAAGAAAGGCACCAUUUAGUUUAUCAGCAACAUGAAGACAUUCUUCAAAAUUGCAGGUUAUACUUAAAAACUUCGCAUUUUCAAAAUGCUUAGAUUCUGCUUUUUCUUGUGGAAAUGUUUAAUUGCUUUUUAUAAAAUGUCCUAUCUCUAAUUCUUUUGCCUCUUAAAUCAUUCGAUGUUUCCAGUGAAGUUAUGCUUCAAUAAAAUUUAGUGCUGCUGUAAUCA